AUUGCUAGCUAUGUAGUUCAUACAAACUAAGAAAGAAAGCAAGUAAAAAGAUAUAGCCAGCAGCUUAUCAAAGAGCCAAGCCAGCUCCAUACAUAUAGUCGUCUUAGAGAGAAGAAGCAGGAAACGAUGGAGAUUGAGGGAUUGAGCAGCUAUGAGGCACUCCCACUUCUCUCCUUGAAUCAUGUUUCUUUGUUGUGCAGAUCUGUAUGGGCUUCUGUCAGGUUUUACGAGGAUGUUUUGGGCUUUGUUCUCAUCAAACGACCCUCUUCUUUCAAUUUCAAUGGAGCUUGGUUGUACAAUUACGGAAUUGGGAUACAUUUGAUUGAGAAUCCAGCCAUUAAUGAAUUUGAACCCAUUGUCGAACCUCGUCCAAUCAAUCCCAAGGAUAAUCACAUCUCCUUUCAGUGCACUGAUGUUGGGCUUGUCAAGAGGAGGCUGCAAGAAUUGGGUAUGAGGUAUGUGACAGCAGUGGUGGAAGAUGAUGGGAACCGGAUAGAUCAGGUUUUCUUCCAUGACCCAGAUGGUUACAUGGUUGAAAUAUGCAACUGUGAGAACAUCCCAAUUAUUCCACUCUCCUCCUGCUCAUUCAGGCCCAGAAACAUGGGAAGCUUCAAAAGAGCAGCACCCAACAAUUGUGGGUUUAUGGAGAAUGUGAUGAUGGAGAACUUGAGCAUGGACAUGAUGGACAUUUCUUUCUGAUCACUCAUCUGCCCGAGAUUUGGAGGAAACAAAAACAAAAAAAAAUCCAAUUCCAUUUGUUGCUUUAACAAAAAUCAAAUUCCCUUUUACAGGGUCUUAUAUAUAUAUAUGGCAAUUGGGUCAUCAAGUAGUUUGUAUUCAGUAAUGUGGGUGCUUGAUAAUAAGAUUGUAAGAAAGAAAUAUGAGUUGGGUUUGUGUCUGUUGGAAAUGCCCUAAAGCCAAACAUGUGGCUUUUCAUUUUCUGUCAAAGUGAAGAUAUGUUUGUAACUUACACAGUUUAUUCAAUGAGACUCCCAGCAACUUGUUUUUGUGUUUA